GACGUAGGAGCGUCUUCUAGACUUAGAAAGGGGUUUUUCUGCGUCUAAUACCUGUUUACGCAGGUGACCUUGGAGUGCGAUGCGAUCUAGAACGCCUCGUAAUUCACUUCUAUUGCCCAGUUAACAUAGUAACAAAGAUUCCCGGCGCGAAGCUUAGUUUAGUGUCCCCCAUUUCACUUCCAUGGUCAAGUGUACUUUGUGGUAGGUAAAAUGAAUUCGAUUUUGAGUGCGUUCCUGCAGAAUAAGAAACCGUUUGCCCGGAAAUUCGAAGGAUGCCGGGAAGAGCGCUAUAUCCACGUGAGGAACCUACGCGGGUCCAAAUCUAGGCUUGGGCCAACCGUGGUUCUUAUUUAUGUGCAGACAGUUCAGCUCACGAGUGCCGCAUCGAAGCGGAUAGACGCGGUGUGGGGCUGGGCGUCUGCCCCGCUGCGUUUGGCGGCAAAUAGAAUGAACGAUGCAUUGCUGGGGGAUCGUCCUCCAUCGCCGGCACGUCUAUCACAUACUUCGGAGAAACAUCCGAAGGUGACGUUAGCUGAGCUCAAUGUUUUACGCCGGCAUCGUGAACUAUGCGAUGUUGUGCUGAACGUUGGAGGACGAAAAAUAUUUGCACAUCGUGUCAUUCUAUCGGCAUGCAGUCCAUACUUUCGAGCAAUGUUCACGGGUGAGCUGGAGGAGUCACGACAAACGGAAGUUACUAUACGCGAUAUAGACGAGAACGCGAUGGAAUUGCUAAUAGAUUUCUGCUAUACGUCACACAUUGUGGUGGAAGAGUCCAAUGUGCAGACGCUUUUGCCGGCCGCGUGUCUGCUGCAGCUCGUAGAAAUCCAGGAUAUUUGCUGCGAAUUUCUCAAACGACAGUUAGACCCCAGCAAUUGUCUUGGAAUUCGAGCAUUUGCAGACACGCACUCAUGCCGAGAGUUGCUACGAAUUGCCGACAAGUUUACACAACAUAACUUCCAGGAGGUGAUGGAGAGCGAGGAGUUCUUAUUACUCCCAGUUGGUCAAUUGGUAGAUAUUAUAUGCAGCGACGAAUUAAAUGUACGAUCCGAGGAGCAAGUGUUUAACGCCGUGAUGUCUUGGUUGAAGUAUAAUGUAGCAGAUAGAAGGCAGCACUUGGCCCAGGUCUUACAGCACGUACGACUUCCAUUACUGAGUCCGAAAUUCUUGGUUGGAACUGUCGGCUCCGAUUUACUGGUUCGUUCUGAUGAAGCAUGCCGCGAUUUAGUUGACGAAGCGAAAAAUUAUCUACUUCUUCCACAAGAACGUCCAUUGAUGCAAGGACCUCGAACUCGACCACGCAAGCCAACACGUCGUGGUGAGGUUUUAUUCGCAGUCGGGGGAUGGUGUUCCGGUGAUGCAAUUGCUUCCGUUGAACGAUUUGAUCCGCAGACGAACGAUUGGAAAAUGGUGGCGCCAAUGAGUAAGCGACGCUGCGGUGUCGGGGUCGCUGUUCUGAAUGAUCUCUUAUAUGCCGUGGGUGGGCAUGAUGGCCAAAGCUAUUUGAACAGUAUAGAACGCUACGAUCCACAAACAAACCAAUGGUCGUGCGACGUGGCACCAACUACCUCAUGCCGUACCAGCGUUGGAGUGGCAGUAUUAGACGGUUUUCUGUAUGCCGUCGGUGGUCAGGAUGGUGUUCAGUGCUUGAAUCACGUUGAGAGAUAUGACCCAAAGGAGAACAAAUGGUCAAAGGUCGCCCCAAUGACUACACGCCGCCUGGGAGUGGCGGUAGCUGUAUUGGGCGGAUAUCUUUACGCUAUAGGCGGAUCGGAUGGCCAAUGCCCUCUAAAUACUGUAGAACGGUAUGAUCCCAGGCAAAACAAAUGGUGUGCUGUCAAUCCAAUGUCGACCCGACGAAAACAUUUAGGCUGUGCUGUUUUUAACAAUUAUAUUUAUGCAGUUGGUGGUCGCGACGACUGCAUGGAGCUUUCGUCAGCUGAGCGGUAUAACCCGCAUACAAAUACUUGGAGUCCAAUAGUAGCGAUGACAUCCAGGCGUAGUGGGGUUGGACUAGCUGUAGUGAAUGGACAAUUGUAUGCGGUGGGUGGAUUCGAUGGUUCGGCAUAUUUGAAAACAAUCGAAGUUUAUGAUCCUGAAACGAAUCAAUGGCGCCUAUGCGGUUGCAUGAACUAUAGAAGAUUAGGUGGUGGCGUUGGUGUAAUGCGAGCUCCCCAGACUGAAAAUUAUAUGUGGAUUCGCAAGGAUUCAGUUGUUUGAAGAAAACGGAAGUAGGGAGGAGCGACCUGACUGGCACAGGGAACCGUCUUUAAGGAAACAAUUCAAAUGAAAUUAUACUAUCAAAGUUCAUAUUGUCGAUCACACUCUAAAUUUGUACGUUUUUAAUCGAAGACGACAGUCCUUUCAGUUUAGUCAGUAGACAACCAGGGAAAUUGUAUUGAAUUAUGUUCGAAAGUGUUGUGGUCUCUCCAUUAUUUUCAUACUCCAUUAUUUCGCUCUUAGGGAAUAGUUAACGUGAAAUAUCAUUUAGCCGCGUUUUGCAUCCCGGUAGGAAUGUGUUAAUUGUUUGGAUUGAAAAAUUGCCAAUUGUCCUGGAAAGUGUACUCAUUGCUGCCACGUAAAUUACACCUACAACGAAAUUCACUUAGUCCUUUUUACUUUGUACCUUUCGUUUCAUAUACUCAAGCGAGGAAGUGAGUAUUCGCGUUUUUUUUUUCAUUUCUAGUUUCCAUUUCUGUUCUUUCGAGGGCUAAUUUUAACAAUUUGGAUUCCGAUUUUAGAAAUGAUCGCGUUAGAAUUCUCAUUUUACUGUUGAACAGGGAUUAGUCUUUGCGAACUGUGCAAAGAAUGGAAGUAUAGAGUGUAGGACAUUUGAGAAUUUUAUUGCGUAAGCUUGGAUCGCUUAAAUUCUGCAUUAAAAUUUGUUUAGUAAUCUAAAAUAUUGUGUUUGUAAUAAGAGAAGAAAAUCUAUAUAUAUGAAAAUAUAUUAAUAAAUUAUACAUAUAUGAAA